GCACAACUGUCUGGAGCACAACUGUCUGGAGCACAGCUGUCUGGAGCACUGCUGUCUGGAGCACUGCUGUCUGGAGCACUGCUGUCUGGAGCACUGCUGUCUGGAGCACAACUGUCUGGAGCACUGCUACCCGUAUAUGUGAUCCGCAAAAUUUAGGGUGUCCCAGUUUUCCAGCAGAACCAGGAUUAUAAGAUCACAUAAUUUUGUGAAAUUUUUUAAAAUUAAUGUUUUUGUGUGUGUGUGUUAUAUCUCCUUUGUGAAAUAACAUCCACACUAAUACAUGAAUCGUGCAGUUUCACCCAACGUCCUGUGACAAAAAAGUGACUCCGUGAAUGGUGGACGUGACCGGUGCACAAAUUUGGUAAGUUAAAAGUGGUGCUGUAGAUAAGCUUUUUUUUUUUAAAAAAAAUGUUUUGAUCAAAUCGUAAACUCCAAGCGGAUUAGAUCGACUUUAAAAAUUGCGCUAAACCUGUGUCAACAGCUACUGAUCGUCGUGUAAUGCGUUUAUUUUAGAUGGUAACAACGUCAUGGUUGGCGACUCAAUUUAAUUUUUUUUUUUUAUUCUUUAAUUCUUACGGCGAGAGGUUUAUGCACACACUCAAAUAAAGACAAAUAAAUUAUUAUUACAGUUUGAUUUCAAUAUGAACCUCUCUUAAAUUUUCCGUCUGACUUUGAUGUCACCAAUGAAGUGAACAACGAAAAUGAUAAAAUAUUGAAGCUUUAUUUUAUUGAGACGCCUUCCGUUAUACUCUUAUCAUCUCAGGUGGAGACCUGCACAUGCGCACUGUCGAGCAUUUUUUAAAUAUGUUUGUCUGGUCCAUCCUCUCCACUAGUUCCGCGUCUAUCUAUAAAUAUAUAACGGUAGACUAAUUGGUAGCCGGCUGUCAGCAAACACUUAUAUAAAAAAAAGCAGCUAGAGGUCUAUAUUUAUAUUUUCAAUACGAUGACGCACGUGGCGUGGUAUCAACUUUCAGUCAAACAUCAACCACUGUUGGUUGGGUUUUUUUUUGUAUGCAUAACCGGUAUCUGAGUCAACGUACAGAUACCGGCAAGUAAACUAGCCCUACUGGAUAUGGCCCCAGCAUUCGAUGUACACAAUUCUAUAGAAACUAGCACCGACCAGUGGAUAAGUCGACUCUGCGUUUUAAAAUAUAAUUUAUGACUCAAAUUUCUCGACCCAUGCAUGAAUAAAUACUUUAACAAUUUUCAAUGGGUUUCAAUAAAAUUUAUUUUUUUACACGUAAAUAUCCACAAGUUUCAUUUCUCUGUAUUUUUUUUUCUGUUCGCAGAUUCCCAUGGAAUUUCAUCAACUUAACAUCGUCCUAGUGGGCAAGACUGGCCACGGCAAGAGUGCUACUGGAAACACUCUUGUCGGCGCAUCGAAAUUUUCUGAGGCUUCCGGGUUCAGCUCGUGCACAACACUGGAGGAAUCACAACUGACCCGGUUUGAAAAUAUUGACAUUCAUGUCUUCGAAACUCCGGGUUUUUACGACACGCGUUUCAACGACCAACCGGAAGCCGCUGACAUAGGGGCCAAGCUGCGACAAAUAAACUCAUUUCUCGCGACGGUCUCAGAAACGGGCGGGGUCAGCGCUUUCUUCCUGGUUAUCAACAUCACGAGCAGAUUUACGUCAGAGGAGGUGAAGACCAUCACGGCUUUAGAGAGAAUCUACGGCGAGAGGGUGUUUAAAGAUUUCGGGGUGCUCGUCUUCACCCACAAGGAUUCUUAUACCCAGGACUCUCUUGGCGAAAGAACCGGGGCGCUGGGUGAGUUGAUUUCAAAGUUCAGCGGCAGGGUUCUCUUGAUAUCCAACAAGGGGAAGUUCUCUGGAGAAAGAAUGCAAUUCAGUAAGGAAAUGAUACGCGCGGCGUUGAAACUAAAAAGACAAAGGAAGAUGUACACGACGAGGGAUUAUAACUUUAAUCAAACGGUACGUUCCCGUUUCAUCUUAGAGUUGCACUUAGAGAGCGUUAAAGAACGUUUGGAUUCUAACAUUCGAAAUCUAGAGAGGGAAAUUGAGGUUGUGGAAACACUUGAUGCCUUCAAAGCAGUGUAUCUAUUGGGGCGGAUAAAAAGACUUGAAGAGGAAAUAAUCCUCGAAGCCAAGGGGACGGAGCUCUUAGAUGUGUUCAGAGAUCGCGUUCGUCAUUUAAAGAUGAAGUUGAGGCGAAAACCCCCAAUUUUCCAACUGCUUUGAAUGUUUGCUUUCACAAAUGAUGUUAAAAUAUAUUUUGGUAAGAGAGAGAGAAAGAGCGAGAACGUGUGAAUUUGUGUGUGUACGUGUGUGUGUAUAUAUAUAUAUAUAUAUAUAUGUGAGAGAGAGAGAGAGAGAGAGAGAGAGAGAGAGAGAGAGAUGGAUAAUAAACGAAAGGAAGACACAAUGUAGACAUUGAAGGGAAUCUAAGAGUUUUAAAGAGGAAAUGUGAAGGAAAAUAAAUAUAGAAAUUUUAAAUAAAGGAAUCGGAGAUGAAAGCAUUCUACUUUUAUUAACUCUAAUUACUCUAAUUACCAAAGUGUAUAUAACUGGAUGGCCGCGUGGUCUAAACUGUUCCAAUCUCAAGUUCAUGGUCUGGCAAAACAUCACCAGCACCCCCUGGUGGGUGGGACUCGUUAACCCCGUCAACUCCCCUAAGCGAGGAAACUGUGAACUCAGACCCGGAGAUGGAGCCCCGCAGGCGGAUAACAUUGGCACAAUGAAACAUUCCUAAAACUCCUGCGGCGCCACAAGUGCCUAGCUGUAUCAUCCACGUGAUGUUCCUUUGGGUUAUCCAGUGGCGUGGAGAGAGGCGUGGAGAGAGAUGAUUUGCUGUGCAUGGAAUCAGCUUAUAAUCGUCCUGCGAAGUCUACACAGGUGGUCGAAAAAUCGCGGCUCGCGAGCCGCAUGCGGCUCUUUAACGCCCUCAGUCCGGCUCGGUCUGUCGCCCACAAAUCAGUUUUGACUACAAAAAAACAUGGUUCUUAAAAAUAAAUUUGGUUCUAAAAAUUGUUCUUAAUCGUCCUGCAGAUGAUGUUUGGCUCUUUCCACUAAUGAGUUUUCCGACCACUGGUCUACACCAUCGUCACAUUGUAACGGACGGAGCCAGCAAUGUAUACGUUUUCUACUUAGACGAUAGUCGAUAUGUUAUUUACUUACAUCAACUGUCUUUGAAAUUUAUUUGAAUUCCCCCCCCCCCAACCCCUUGAAUAUUGAAAUUGAAACAGAUAGUUUGUCCACACAGAGUUUGUAAUUUAAUAUUUUGAAACGAAUGACUCAAAAAAUCCUUGGGACGUGAUAUAAGAGGUACUUUUUAUUUUUUUUAAAGUUUAAUCUCCAUUAAUACUGUUAUCACAUUAUAUAUAAAUUAGAUGACAUGAAUUAUUUAUAGAUGAAAUCGUAUUUGUAGAUGCCAUACCCUCCCAAAAAA